GAUUUGGACUUAAUUUUCAACCACUUCCAUAUGAGGCCAGAAUCUAUGAAGGGGCCGGUAUGGGAGUACAUGUGGUGGCCAUUAGCGCAUAUUUUGAGCCUAAUAUCGGCGGCAACCAGGGCAUUAGUUAUAUGCUAGAUGAUAUUGAUGAUCACCAAUACUUUGCGGUCGAUAAAUACUCCGGUAUUGUGACCACAAAUCGCAAGAUUGAAAAAAUGCGAGCGGUUGGGCUGACAUCGUAUGAAAAGAUAGAAAACGCGACCCGUUUGACGAUAAUAGUGAGUAAAUACAACAGAUUUGGGCCAAAGUUUGCGCACAAAAACUACACGAAAUGUAUCCAUCAUUUGUCGCCAAUCGGCACAACUGUACUUCACGUGAAUGCCGUCGACGAAGACAUUGAAUCAUAUAAUUCGCGGAUUUAUUACACAAUUAUUCCGAUCCAUAAGUUUAAUCUGCCGUUUGCUAUAAACGCCAGUUCCGGACAAUUGGUAACAAACGACUCGUUGAAUGCCAGACAAGAGUUGAGCUAUGAUUUCGAGAUUAUGGCGACGGAUACGGGAUCUCCACUUGGAUACAACACUACGAAACUCUCAGGGAGUGAGCUGGGUCCUUCUAGUCAACAACUUUAUAAGUUUAAGAUUAGUGACAACUGUAAGUGUGGACCUGAUCCAGAUUGCAAGGUCUCCGAUGGCCUUUGUAUAUGUCCGCACGGCAUACUCGGCAAAUAUGAUUGCCACAACACCUGUCCACUUGAUUGCAAACACGGUGGCACCUGUAUUCAUACCGAUAAUAGCAAUCAUAAAUGUGUGUGCAAACAUGGAUUUCAGGGACCCGUAUGCGAAACUAAAAUCAAAUGUAAAUCCGAGCAAACGGUGACCAAAAGGGGACACUUUGUAUGGAAUGAGAUUGGAUUCAAUGAGAAAGAUCUUCAGCCCUGUCCUCAUGACUCUACUACCAGUGCCGCUCGUAGUUGUUUACUACAACCCAAUGGAACUACUUAUUGGUCUCCCAUUGAUGACAGUCGGUGUCAGGAAAAGGCUCAAACGACAACAACGGAACAGACGUUGAGUACGACAUCGAUAUCAGUAUUGGAUCUGAAAGUGAGGGAUAUUGUCCACGACGUGAUCACCAACACUAAGAUAGCGGCACAGGCUCUGUCAGCCCUCGACGACUAUAUAUCUGGUGAUAGUUCAGAAGUUAACGAGAUUACAGAUUUCAAAUCUAUACUCGAACUCAUAUUAUCUGAAACUCCGAUGAAUGCCAGCGAAGUGUUCAUCACUUCCAACAAAAACUUUGCCACAAAAGCUAUGAAUGUCUCGGAUUCUGAUGCAAACAAUGACAUCUCAUUUAAGCCCAUAUUUAGAAAAGCUUUCAAUGAAUCGCAAGAAAUUAAUUUGCCACCAGAAGCUAUGAGAAAGGCUAUGAAACAAAUUAACUCGACUACAGUAAGGGUGCAGUUUAUCGCACAUAAAAAUCAAAAGCUAUUCAAAUCGGCGCAAACAAAUGCCAACGAAAUCUCCCGCAAAGAGAUGCCUGUAAUUGAAGCGAUUGUGGCAAACGUGACGAUAGAUAGACUCCGGACACCGGUCUCUAUAGUGUUGUCGUGUAAUGACUGCAAUGCCAGCGACUAUUUGUCGGCCAAAUGUGUUUUCUGGGAUGAGAUGCAUCGAAAUUGGUCCACAAAUGGCAUUAAAACUGUAGUAAAUGUGACGAAUAUGUCGAUUACGUGUCUCUCAUCACAUUUGACGGCAUUCUCAGUGCUCUUUGAUUUGACUCCAUAUGAGACCACAAAUGAGACCGUCUUAUCGAUAAUCACAUCAAUCGGUUGCUAUCUAUCCAUAUGUGGACUCAUUCUAACGCUAAUCACAUAUUCCUUAUUCCGGUGUCUGAAUCGCGACAAUUCUGGAAAGAUCCUGAUCAAUCUGUGUCUGUCAUUACUUUUAUUGAACGCUAUGUUUCUGAUUGGCUCUCAAAGCCUAAUAUUUGAGUCAAACAAUUGGUGUGCGUUCACGGCGUUCACAAUACACUACUUCGUGUUGACAUCCCUGUGCUGGAUGUUUGUGGAGGCCGUUCACAUCUACCAGCUCCUGGUCUAUGUGUUCGCCACGUCUGAGACCAGAUUCAUGCUUAAGAGAGCGCUGUUAGCUUGGGGUUUGCCGUUUAUUUGGGUUAUGAUCACAGCGUUUGUGAAGCCCAUCGCCUAUCGCAAUGACAAUGAUUUUUGUAUGGUAUCACCUCGACAGGCGGACGUCUACUAUAUCUCGUACUUAAUGCCGGCGUCCAUACUUAUCAUCCUAAACGCAUCGGUGUUUGUAUUAGCCAUACGAGUGCUCUUUACGCCCCGACUCGCAUCGACAGCGUCUAUCAAAUCCGGUGCGGUUACGAUGUCCCAGGUGUGGGGCGCACUCACCCUAAUGGCACUGUUAGGCGUUUCGUGGAUAUUCGGCGCCCUCGCCAUCGGCCAAAUGAAACUCUUUUUUCAGUACAUGUUUUGUGUGACUAAUUCAUUGCAAGGGUUUCUCAUAUUUGUGUUCCGAGUGGUCCGGUUCCCAGAGGCCCGCAACGCGUGGAUCCAAUUCUGUACGUCCGGUACGCUUAAGAAAUACCGAGGUCAAAGACAGCGUUUGUACGGCUCUAACGGCACCAAUAGGUUGAGCGCCUCCGACAAGAAACCGGAAACUGAAUCGUCGUUUUCAAUGGCAUAUAAUUCAGAGACUAAGACAUCGAAACCGUUUCUCUCGACCACCGAUGAGUCCGAUGUCAAACAUUUCACUACUUAUGACUCCAUUAGAGUCUCAUCUGAUAAACACAUUUAGACCCAGACUUGAGAUAAUUAUUGUCUAUACUUCUGAUUUUAUUUAUAUUUAUUAAAAUGUAUGUCUAUUAAAAUGAAAUCAUUUUUAUUUAAAUUUAUAAACUUCUUG